AUGCAAGGAAACAUCGACGCAAAGAUGGAUGAUGAAUUCGUGUAUGGCGUUGCCACGGAUAGUUUCGAGUGGGUCUUCAUCCAUUUUCGAGCGAACAGCCAGUAUAUAAACCGGAGGUACAAAUGGCACAACAAUAGUGUCAAGAUUGUUCCCCUUUUAUACAUGACCCUCGAGAUUGCCGCAGGUUCUUCCAUCCUAUCGCCUAACGACCACGGUCAACUCAAAGAGCUCACGAAGGUCACUAAGAGCAUAUCGCCGAUCUCGCGAGCGAAAGAAGAUAGAUCAGGAGAUAUCACGCAUCCUGAACGCCAAAGAAUCCACGAUAGCCACCGGCCUGUAUUACUACCUGUUUGGUCGAAACCAACCUCAGCGCAAGCGAUGGCGUGGAGGUUCCAGCACUCAUCCCACAACUAA